AUGAGCUCCAGUCCCAGUAAACUCCGGGUCGUCAGUCUGGGGAGCUCCUUCGCUGCAGGACCCGGUAUCAACCCGCAGGUCGCGCCCCUAUCCGCAAAGCGCUCCGGACAAAACUACCCACAUCUCCUGGCAAAAGAGCUAGACGCCGAGCUCACCGAUCUCUCUGUUUCUGGCGCAACGCUGCUGAAUAUCACCACCACGCCUCAAAAUGCCAUAUUUUCCAAGGACGUGUUUGAGCCUCAAAUCCUCUCAGUACCCACCGAUGCAGAUAUCAUAACCCUUACCGCUGGUGGCAAUGAUAUCGGGUAUAUUGGGGACAUGAUGUUUGAUGCUGGGAAGGCCACUACUGUAGGAAUGGUGGCUAAUUGUAUCAUACAAGCUGCCAAGCCAAUUAUGUCCAUCUUUUGUCGGCCGGCAGAGAAGUCGACUCCUCUCACACCUGAAGGAUUAUCUCAACGAUUAGGCGAGACACUCGAUGCGAUACACGAAAGAGCCCCAAACGCACACAUUUAUCUAGUGGAAUACCUCGCUAUCCUGGGACCCAUUACGAAACCUGCUAUUGACAUCCCGUUUAACCAAGAGAGAAUCGAUCACCACAGCCAAGUAGCGUCAGCCUUACAGAAUGCGUUUGCUACAGCCGCAGACACGAGGUCAGAGUGGUGUGAAAGGGUACCGAUCCACGAGCUUAGCUCAGAUCAUGUUCUUGGUAGCAAGGAGCCCUGGGUUGGAGGCUUUGCGUUGUCGUCACUCUUCCGAGGCGGGAUUGUUCUUCACCCGAACCUUGACGGUAUGAAAGCGAUUGCGAAAAUUUUGCUCCUGAAGAUCCGGCAGGAGUUUCCCAAAAAGGCUUAA